UACCUGAACCAGUUAUCCUGCGGUUGAUCGCCCUUUAUGACCCAACAAUGCAAACAACAAUAGUUUUUUUAUAUUUGGAAAAAACCGUUUGUGAAUGUGUUUGUUUGUUGGCGGGUGGAUGUUAUAGUAAGUGCGGGUUGAAGCGUGGGGAGGUAGGGGGAAAAACAAAAGAGUAUAUGAUAUAUAUCUGUGUAUGUAAGUAAAAAGAAAGAGAGAGAGAGAGAGGGAAAAAGGUGCUUGUUUUCUUCUGUAUGUAAGCGUUAUUUGGGGGAUGUUUUUGGGCGUUCGUAUGGUAUAAAGAAGAUGU